CCAACUCGUGAAGUUGUGACAUCGUGAAACGCACUUCACCAACUCCUUUUUCUCAAUAAUGAACACCUAACACCAGGCAACCAAUCAAACCGCGAAAACGUCACUAUCUUUUAUUGGUCUUUCUUCUUGUCUGGUUUUAUAAGCUAAGGUUUCUUUUUUUGUUUCUUGCUUGCUCUGCACUCUGUAAAUCGCUUCAAUGGAGGCAAAGUUCUUGACUGGGGCUGUCUCUACUCUGAUUCCCGGUUGUGAUGAAUUGAUUUCUUCCAGACCCAACAAGCUAUUCUCAAUGCAACGUCUGCAAAAUUUCACGUCACACUCGAACAUGCCAAAACCACGCAUUUACUCCGAACGAGUUUCUGCGACCACAACUGGGUACAAGUAUGGCGUACCCACACUGGAAAGGAAGAAACGGGUUGAUGAGAGCCAGAGUUUGACCCUGGAGAACAUACGACAUUCUUUGAUUCGCCAGGAGGAUAGCAUAAUCUUUAGCCUUUUAGAGAGAUCCCAGUACUGCUACAAUGAGGACACAUAUGAUCCAAAUGCUUUAUCCAUGGAGGGGUUUCAUGGCUCUUUGAUCGAGUUCAUUCUCAGAGAAACAGAAAGGCUCCAUGCUCAAGUUGGCAGAUACAAAAGCCCUGAUGAGCAUCCUUUUUUCCCAGAUGACUUACCAGUGCCAGUCUUGCCACCUCUUCAAUAUCCACAGGUUCUACAUCACACUGCUGCUUCAAUUAAUAUAAAUAAGAAGGUGUGGGAUAUGUAUUUCAAAGAUCUCAUCCCGCGAUUGGUGAAGAAAGGAGAUGAUGGCAAUUGUGGCUCUACGGCAGUUGCUGACACAAUAUGUUUGCAGGCUCUUUCAAAACGGAUUCAUUAUGGAAAGUUUGUGGCUGAGGCAAAAUUUCGUGCCUCCCCUGAUGACUACAAGGAAGCCAUCAUCGCACAGGACAAGGAUAAACUAAUGGCAAUGCUUACCUACCCAACAGUUGAGGAAGCCGUUACAAGGAGGGUGGAGAUCAAAGCGAAAACAUUCGGGCAGGAAGUAACGGUUAGCUCUGAGGAACCAGGGGUGGAACCAGUCUAUAAAAUAAAACCGAGCAUGGUGGCCGAUUUAUACGGAAGCUGGAUAAUGCCGCUAACAAAGGAAGUGCAAGUUGAGUAUCUAUUGAGGAGGUUGGAUUGAAUUCUCAGUGGCAUUGUCAAGGGGAUAUUACUGGAGUUUGUAUUAUAAUUUUUCAAGUGUCAUUAUGUAUGUAGGCGCUUAUUCAUGUUAAGAUGAAUAAGCAGUUCAUGAAGAUUCCGGUAUAAUUUGGAUUUGGAGCUUGAUCUGCACUGUUUUGACUCAGUUUGGUUCUGGGUUUUUGUUUGACUAUGGAUUGGAUUUGCAAUGAGCCAUUAAAACGCUGGUUUUGGUCUUUGAUCAGCA